UUAGCAUCAUGCAGUGGCAAGGUUGAUCUUCAUACAGAGAGAAGAGGUGUAAUCUACAGCCCCUCCUGGCCCCUCAACUACCCCCCCGGGAUGAACUGUUCCUGGAACAUAGAGGGGGACAGGGGAGAGGUUAUCACCAUCAGCUUCCCUAACUUUGACCUGGAGGAGUCCGGUCAGUGUCAGGGGGACUGGCUGCUCCUAGGACCCACCUGGAGAGAGGAGUACCGGGUGUGUGGCUCCCUCCUCCCACCUCCCUUCAUCUCCUCCAGGGGAAGAGUCUGGCUCUACUUCCACUCACAGGCCAACAGCUCAGGACUGGCUCAGGGGUUCAAACUGUCUUAUAUUAGAGGUCCCCUGGGCCAGUCCAGCUGUCAGAGGGAUGAGUUCCUGUGUGGUAACGGUAAAUGUCUUCCCCGGACGUGGCGCUGUAACGGCCUGGAUGAGUGCGGCGACGCUACCGACGAACGGAGCUGUGCCCCCCCUCCGACCCCUCCCCGCACCUCCCUCUGCCCACCCGGCACCGCCCCCUGUACCCAGGCCCAGUCCACUCGCUGCCUGCCCCCUUCGCUGCGCUGCAACGGAGCCCGGGACUGCCCCGAUGGCUCGGACGAGGCAGGGUGCCCCGACACGGCCUGCGGGAAACGCCUGGGGAACUUCUACGGAACAUUCGCCUCCCCGGACUUCUUCCGUCCCAACCGCAGCGCUGUGGGGGAGCUGAGGUGCUCCUGGCUACUGGACACUCAGGACCCUAAGCCCAUCGUGUUGCAGCUGGACCUGGGGUUAGGGCCAGGGGACUCCCUCCAUGUCUAUGAUGGGCUGGUCCAGAGAGCAGAGCGCCUCCUGCAAGCCCUGUCGCAUCAUAACAACAGGAGACCAGCCCUGUUAGAAUCCAGUAGAGGACAGAUGAGUCUGCAGUACCUGGCCCAACCACUCAGCCCUGGGCAUGGGUUCAACGCUACAUACCAGGUGAAAGGUUACUGUUUCCCUGGGGAACACCCGUGCGGAUUGUACCAGGGCUGUUACUCUGAACGGCAGCGCUGUGACGGGUACUGGCACUGCCCUACGGGGCGCGACGAGGAGGAGUGUCCAGUUUGCCAGGAGGGGGAGUACCCCUGUGAGGGGGGCAGUGGGGCCUGCUACCCUGCCUCUGAAAGAUGCAACAACCAGAAGAAGUGUCCAGACGGUUCUGAUGAGAAGAACUGUUAUGACUGCCAGCCGGGGAACUUCCACUGUGACACCAACCUGUGUAUCUUCGAGACGUGGCACUGUGAUGGCCAGGAGGACUGUCUGGAUGGUAGUGACGAGAGAGACUGUUUGGGAGCUGUACCCAGGAAG